CCGCAUUUGGGAAUAACGCUGUUCACACCAGUUACAGUUGGGGCCAGGUUCUUUGGGAGCGUUGAAUUAGGGCGCGAUGGCGUUCGCUCUGCUUCACGGAGCGCAAGUGAUAAGUGACCUCCUGACCAUCCGUGAGAAGCUGGUUCUCACUAAUCUGCUCCAACCUCACUGUAAGCUGAUCAAAAGUACAGUGGCUCAGGUAUUGGAGGCCAGAAGCACCGAGGGCGCGAGUCCUGGCUGGACGUGUCUGGGCUGCGGCGUGGUGUGUCUCAUCCAGGAUGAGUCCAUUCACUCCCACUUCCUACGCCUCUACUGUGUCAAGACGGCCAAGUUGCUGUGGGAGCAGGAGCUCUACGUCCCGUUCCAGUACACUGCACCCUGUGCGUUCUUCCACACGUUCCCUGCGGAUGUGAGUCACCUCCAGGGCGUCAGUGAAGCAUCAGUGAAGCAUCAGAGUGUGUAACGGCUUUGUUAGCGUGUUUUCAGGUGAUUUCACUGUCCCUGCGCAGGGAUACCAAAUAGGUCUGAACUUCGCAAAUGAGAUAGAAGCGGAGGAAUUUCAUCUGGAAGUACAAGCAGUCCAAAUAAAGCAGGAAAAGGCGGCUGAGACGGUGGAACGUUCACGUGAUCAGCAGGAUGCAGG